GACAAUCUUAAAAGUUCUCAACCCUAGUAUCCAUUUUUCAAGAAUGGCAAUUAGAGCCAUUUCAAGACUAAAAUUUCCUUUACACUCUUCAUUAUUACUCCUUAAACACCUUUCAGUUUCACCAAUACCAUCAAUUUCUUCAAAUUUUACAUUAAGGGGUCCAGAGUUUUCAAGAAAUCCAUUAAGGGAUGUGAAGUUUUACCAUGAUGGAAGACCAAGAGGACCACUUUGGAGAGGGAAAAAAUUGAUUGGAAAAGAAGCACUUUUUGUGAUUCUUGGAUUAAAAAGAUUUAAAGAUGAUGAAGAGAAACUUGAUAAGUUUGUUAAAACACAUGUACUUAGGCUUCUUAAAAUGGAUAUGAUUGCUGUACUUAAUGAGCUUGAACGCCAAGAAGAAGUAUCUCUUGCUGUUAAGGUGUUUUGGGUAAUUCAGAAACAAGCCUGGUACCAACCUGAUGUCUAUCUUUACAAGGACCUGAUCAUUGCAUUGGCUAGACGGAGAAAGAUGGAUGAUGCAAUGAAGUUAUGGGAGAGUAUGAGAAAGGAAGAUUUAUUUCCUGAUUGUCAGACAUUCACUGAAGUUAUUAGGGGCUUCUUGAGAGAUGGAUCUCCUGCAGAUGCUAUGAACAUAUUUGAGGACAUGAAAAAGUCUCCAUAUCCACCCGAGGAGCUGCCUUUCAGGGUUUUAUUGAAGGGACUUUUGCCACAUCCCCUAUUAAGAAACAGGGUUAAGCAAGACUUUGAGGAGAUUUUUCCAGAACGGCAUAUAUAUGAUCCUCCAGAAGAGAUUUUUGGAUUACGUUGAGGCUGUCAUAAAAUCGAGCCACACAGUUAUCUUUGUUGCUGUGGAAAUAUUAUAUUAGUGGAGACAAGCAUAUAUCCUGUUGUAGGAAGGCUUAUUCCACCUUGAUAUCUUAUAGUAUCCAAAUGCUGAGAACGGGUUCAGUGUUUCUUGCUAUCCUGGUUCCCCGACUACUACAGAGCUUGUCAAUGAGUGGUUGUUCUUAUGAUUUUGUUGGACCGGACAUGUUGAUGCUAGUUUGAAGUUCAAGACAUUUAUCUUAGGCUCUUAGCUAUGGGAUUAAUGUUUGCUGCUCCAUUCACAUGAGAAAGCUCCAAUUUGGCUGCUACUAGGUACUGGUGUGCACUUGGGAAAUGAAUUAAUUUCUCAUCAAUCUCCAGAGUUCCACAUUUUCCUCUUGGGAACUUGUUCAGAUUUAAGUUAGUAUUGUUUAGGUAGCUCAAUAUUAUGUCUUGGUACUUUUUCUGAGAUUUUGGUGGCUGUCAUCAUAGUCUGUAAAGGUGCUUAUGAUAUUUGGAGGGGAAAAGUGUAAAAUGAUGUUAACAUUUGGUUGCAAAACUAAAGACACAGAAAUUAGUCAACUACCUAUAAUUUGGCUUGA